UUCAGGGUACAUGCAAAGAAGAGCCAUGGGAGAAACAACUAACACAGACAAAUAAGGAUAUGCCAUGGUGUUAGGCUCCUCCCCAUGCCUGUCUCUGAAGCCCUGCCUUUGGAGUGUGGAGUAUUGGCAGAGGGCUGGGAGAGACACUAAGGCGGGUGAAGCAGCACCGUGUGUGUUUCUGGUGGGCCAAGAAAGCCACCAAGUGACCUGCCAUUGUGUUUGUGUGAAUGCAUGUGUAUAUGUGUGCACGCCAUGUUGAGAUGUGGGUUCUGCCUGGGCCUUGCCUUCUGGAUGUGCUGUAUGCAAAUUAUUGCUGCCUUCUUUUGGUCACCACCUGCCAACGAAGUUCCAAAGAGUCCUACUGCGGAGGAGCAUCCUGGUACUGGGCAGGAUGGGGAGAGUCUGUCCAGUGUAGGGAAGGAGAUCAUGAACGUGGCCAACGGGAUUCAAGACUUUGUAAGGAAAUGGGACCUGAAGACACCUGAGAGUGAUGCUGGCCGAGCCACUUCUGAAGCAGGGGGUUAUCAUGUAUCCAUCACUCGUCAAGUGAGAGGAGGUGGGCAUCUAAAGGACCAGGGAAUGCAGGUUUCUGUUACUGGGCAACCAGAUGAUGGUCAUAUGAUUGACCCAGGUAUGACUGUCACUGUUUCCCAGACUGACCUUGUCACACCCACUGCAGUAACUCGGCAACCAGAUAAUAACCAGAGCACAACCAUCCCUCUUAAAGGUGAAGAAGAAGGAAACCCACCUGACCUGGUCAUAACCUCUGUGGUAGGUCAGCAACCAGAGAACAAUCAGAGCCCAACCAUAAGUCUUAAAGGGGAAGAGGAUGGAAACCUGACUGACCUGGUUACAACCACUUUGGUAAUUCAGCAACCAGAGAAGAUUCAGAACACAACCAUCACUCUUAAGGGUGAAGAAGAGGAGCACCUGGUUCACCUCGUUACAACCUCUGCAGUAACGAAGCAACCAGAGAACAAUCAGAGGAAAGCCAUCACUUUUAAUGGGGAAGGAGAUAGAAACUUGACUGACCUGGUCACAAUUGCUGCAGUAACUUGGCAAACAGAGAAAAAUCAGAGCACAGCCAUCACUCUUAAAGAGGAAGGUGUUGGAAACCUGACUAACCUGGUUACAGCCUCUUUGGUAACUCAACAACCAGAGAACAAUCAUAGCACAACCAUUACUCUUAAAGAGGAAGGCAUUGUACACCUGACUGACCAGGUCACAACGUCUGCAGUAACUCAGCAACCAGAGAACAAUCAGAUCACAACCAUCACUCUUAGAGGGGAAGGAGAUGGAAACCUGACUGACCUGGCCACAACGUCUGCGGUAACUCCACAACCAGAGAACAAUCAGAGCACAACCAUGACUCUUAAAGGGGAAGGCCUUGGAAAUGUGACUGACCUGGUCACAAUGUCUGUGGUAACUCCACAACCAGAGAACAAUCAGAGCACAACCAUGACUCUUAAAGGGGAAGGCCUUGGAAAUAUGACUGACCUGGUCACAACAUCUGGAGUAACUCAGCAACCAGAAAACAAUUAUAUCACAACUAUCACUCUUAAAGGGGAAGGAGAAGGAAACCUGACUAACCUGGUGGUAACCCCACAAGCAGAGAACAAUCAGAGCACAACCAUCAAACUUAAAGGGGAGAGACAUGAACACCUGACUGACUGGGGCACAGUUUCUACUAUCAGACAAGACAGUGUUACCAGUCAACCGUGGACCACAGCAGAAGGACUUCACCUGGCUGAUAAUAUGUCAUUAGUGCAGGGUGUAGGACCUGUGUCCAGUAGCUGGGGAUUGUCUGAGCCUGGUUCUGCUUUUGGAUCUGAGUCUGGGUUCUCGCUGAUAGAGACGCAGCACAGCACAGCUAUCCCUGGUGGUGUUUCGGACCCUGUGAGGCUUGUAAAUGACAGCAUUCUUUCGGAGAAACAGGUGGAGGAGCUCAGCCUUGAGAAGACUAACCUCUCCCAAAUUGCUACAGGCAAGCUUGACACUAUAGCAACACAGAAUCACACCGGCAACACUGGUGUGUCCCUACUGCAACUAAUAAGGGGCAUGUCUGCGCUCACCUGGGCCCAUAGCCACGAGUACGGUUCUGGUUAUUUGUUUGGCUUGGAGAUACCCAUGGGUCAGCUGGCACGGUCUUACCUGCCUGCCACUUUCUACCGCGACUUCUCCCUGCUUCUUCACCUUCAGUCUGCAUCGCCCAAGGCAGGCGUGGUAUUCUCAGUUACAGAUUCUGGCCAGCACCUCCUGCUGGUGGGGCUCAAGCUGACAGCCGUGCAAAUGGAAACGCGUCAGCUGCAGUUUUUCUACACGCAGCCAGGGUCUGGGGGCUCCCACCUUGCUGCCAGCUUCCCUCUGUCUGUGCCUACAAAGAGCUGGAUCCGCCUGGCACUUGCUGUAGUUGGAGACCAGGCUGUACUCUAUGUCAACUGUGACCCGGAGCCAAUCACAAGACACUUCAAGCGUGGCCCUGGUCCCAUCAAGUUGGAGCCCAGUGACAGAAUAUUUGUGGGAAGCGCUGGAAGGGUGGACCCUGACAACUUCAUGGGUUGGAUCGAGGAUCUGAGGCUAGUAGGAAACCCACAGGCAGCCCAGCGAUACUGUGAGGAUGAGGAUGAUUCAGAUAUGGCUUCUGGUGAAUCUGGAAGUGGAGAUGGGAACAUGGAUCAGAUGGAAAUGACAACACCUCCACCUUUGCAUCCUGUUCAGCAGCCACCACUGACACUGGCACAUAGUCAGGAAGAAAAGGCCAGACUCAGAGAGAGAGGUUUGAAGGGUGACCCCGGGCUCCCCGGGCCACCAGGUCCUCCAGGGCCCUCUGGCCCACCAGGGCCCAUUGUGGAGAUUCAUGGGAAUGGUUCUGUGGUCCAACCAGGACCCAGGGGCCCACCAGGACCACCCGGUCUCCCGGGUCCAGCUGGGCUUCCAGGAAUGGACGGACGGCCAGGUAGCUGUGGAAGAAAUGCCAGGCCUGUUCCUGUGGGACCUCAGGGCUUCCCAGGAAACCCAGGCAGUCCAGGGGUAAAAGGUCAAAAGGGAGAACCAGGAGAGGGGUGGCCUGGCCCCAGAGGACCAUCGGGGCCCCCGGGUCUGCCGGGACAGCUUCAGUAUGACAAAUUGACGUUUGCAGACAUGGAGGGCUCUGGACUUCUCGAUCUGGAGAGUUUGCGUGGUCCACCAGGCCCUCCUGGUCCACCAGGCCCCCCAGGACCCCCCACUCCUGUGGGGCCACAUGGCAUACCUUUCUUUGGAGACACAGCCCCCCCAGAAAAGGACAGCGCCCUUGGAUUGCAGGGUUCCCCUGGCAGAGAUGGUCAUCCAGGAACCCCAGGACCCAGAGGAGAAAAGGGGGAUGCAGGGGACCAGGGCCUCCCUGGGGCAGAUGGGCAGAAGGGUUCCCAGGGUGCACCUGGUGCACCAGGUAGGUCAGGAGAAGAUGGACCUCCUGGACCAAUUGGAGCUCCUGGCCCACCAGGACUGCCUGGCCCUCCAGGACCAGAUUACACGGGAAAUGUUGACCAUGUAGAUGGUUCCGGCAUGGAUGGGACCUCGGGAGAUUUAGACCCCAGAGGCCCACCAGGCCGGAAGGGUCUUCCUGGAAGUCCUGGUGUACCGGGCAGCCCUGGCCUCCCAGGGGAGAAGGGCAGUGAGGGUCUCCCUGGAAAGGAAGGCCAGUCUGGACUUGGUGGCUUCCCCGGACCUCCGGGACCAAAAGGUACAAAAGGAGACAAGGGAGAAAGAGGUGUGCCAGGUCAAGAUGGCAAAAGUAUCCCAGGGCCACCUGGCUUUCCUGGCCCUCCAGGGCAAAUAGUAUAUCAAAUCUCGGACAACGGUGUCCCUGGUCGAGCAGGAUUCCCUGGACCUAUGGGACCUAAGGGGAACCAAGGAGAACCUGGACUUCCAGGAAUUUCUAUAAAGGGAGAGAAGGGAAUCCCAGGCCUGACUAUUGGACCAGAUGGCAAACCCAUGAACCUGGAGGCAUUGAUGGGACAGAAGGGUGACCCUGGACCUCUUGGACCUAUGGGACCAGCUGGACCUCCUGGGCCGCGGGGCUCCAAGGGUGAAAUUGGGAUGCCAGGACGAGCAGGUCGCCCAGGAGUGAAUGGCUCAAAAGGAGAAAAAGGAGAGCCGGCCAGUGGCGCCAGAUAUGGUAACCCUGGUCCCCCUGGGCACCCUGGCCCUCCCGGCCCCCCCGGCCCCCCCGGAUCCCUUCUCUCCCUAAGCAGAAUAGAUUAUGACGGCGCCUCACGACUGCAUCCGGUAUUGCGAGAGCUUAAAGGGGAGAAGGGAGAUCGUGGACCUCCAGGUGUUCCUGGAACACCAGGUGUUGACUACCGCACAAUUCAGAGUCAUCUUAAAGGAGACAAAGGAGACAUGGGCUCCAAGGGGGAAAAGGGAGAGCCAGGUGGGAUCCAGGGGCCACCAGGACCUCCAGGAAUCCCUGGGCCACCGGGGCCAGAAGGAGAAUCUAUCAGAGGGCCCCCUGGUCCUGAGGGCCGACCAGGGGCACCUGGAAUUGGCCAUAAUGGCCCACCUGGAUAUCCUGGGCCUCCAGGUCCCCCUGGACCACCAGGGUCCCUGUCAUUGCCAGGAGCUUACAGGCCUAUACAUGGGCAGCCUGGGCCCCCAGGCCCCCCCGGUCCCCCUGGACGUCCUGGAGUAACCUCUGGGGUGACUGUGAUGAGGUCAUAUGAUGCAAUGGUGUCAUCUGCACAGCAGCGUCCAGAGGGAACACUUGUGUACCUUAUGGAUCAGACUGACCUCUAUGUUCGAGUCGGGGCCGGCUUCCGCCAAGUCAUGCUGGGCGAGUACAGGCCAAUCUACAGGGACCAGGACAAUGACCUGGCAGCAGCCAAGACCACCACAGAUGUUCAGUUCUCUCCAGGACACUCUACCCACACAGCUGUGGAGUCCACACAGCCAGGCAGUUGGAAGCCUGACUCCAGAUACCACCCGGGGCUGCCUGACAACCAUUAUCACACCCCACUAGACCCCCGCUAUGCAGUCUGGCCUGACAGUCGGUACCCCAGCACACCUCAGCGGUAUCCCAGUCGCCCAGUGUCCCAGGCUGUCCCUAGUCAUGCCCAUACAUCAGGACCGGGGCUACACUUGGUCGCCCUCAAUGCGCCACAAAGAGGCAACAUGCAUGGCAUCAAGGGGAUUGAUCUCCUGUGCUUCCAGCAAGCUCAGGCUGCAGGGCUUCGGGGAACCUUCCGGGCCUUCUUGUCCUCUAGGCUUCAGGACAUCCACAGCAUUGUGCGCAAGUCUGACAGAGAUAGAAUGGCCAUAAUCAACAUCAAGGACCAAGUACUGUUUGACAGCUGGGAAUCUCUCUUUGGUGACUCUGAGUCAAAGAUGAAAGACGGUGUGCCCAUUUACUCCUUUGACGGUCGGGACGUCCUCAGGGACACGGCUUGGCCCAACAAGAUGGUGUGGCACGGUUCAAACGCUCAGGGCCAGCGGCAGGAAGACAGCUACUGCGACUCCUGGCGGACGGAUGCCCAGGAGGCCGUGGGCAUGGCUUCGUCUCUGUUGGUGGGGAAGCUUCUCCAGCAGGUUCCCACAAGUUGCUCUAGCCCUUAUUUAGUGCUGUGCAUGGAGAACAGCUAUGUCCUGCAGGCUAAAAGAUAGACAAGGGGCCUCACUCUCCUGGUACUUUCAGUAUAACUUACAUACAAUACUCCACGAAAAAGAGGAGUGUCCCUUUAAGAAAGCAUGUGCCUCAUGGCAGGCAAAAUAGCUUCCUCUCCAUCUGUAAAGCCAAAAAAGUCAUCAUAAUUGCCAGAUUUAACCAACCUGCAUUCAUUUAACCAAUAUCUUUUAUAACUUAAUCUCACCAUGAACUGUGGAAUAUUGACUGUUGCAGCCUUUCAGAUAUUUUUAUUUCAAUUCAAAUAUUUUUCCAUUUUCAAUUUUUUUUCCAAGUUUGAGAUAAGAUUAUAGCAUUGUUUCCAAACGAAGGAUUAUCCUGUCCGACUGCACAGAAGUGUUGGGACAUAAUAAAAAUGUAGCAAUUCAAAGACAUGACAGAACAAUGUUCUAAUCAGACACGGUGAGGAUAACAUAUUUAACUUAACUUUAAGAAAUAUUACAUAAAAACAAGAAGCUUGACACGUCUUUAAUUUUAAUGUAUAUGCAUGAUUUACAAUGUGAUGUCCGAUGCUGACAGACCCAGGGCAUUUUAACCUCCCACUCCAUCUGCUGUUGGGGGGGCACUGGUUUAAUGGCAUCUGGAGAUCGGCACUAAAUGGGUAUGAGCCCACCCAUCACUAACUGAGCAUGGUGCUAAUGGCAGCUUAACACCAGGAUGGGCCGCGGAUCAAGCCUUGGCUGGAUUUACAAUGCGUUUUACUCAAUGAGUUCGUGACUGUGGGGGCCUCCUUGACUAAAAUUCUGAUUAAUUCAGGGUUACUCACAUGUUACUGAUCCGACAAGAACCUGUGGAUCGCUAAUACUUUUACAUGUACUGAGUUUCCAAGGCACUGAAUAAAUUUGUUAUUAAAGUUA